AUGGUCUUCUGCGUCAGGCAUAUCGAUCCAGCGAAGAGUUCCCCGAAGGAUCCGGUGACCCCAAAAGAUACACGCAGCGAGAGACGGAACAUUCGCGGGGAAACUCCACUGCACGUCGCAUGUAUCAACGGUGACUACGAACAAGUGAAACGGCUCAUUGAACAAGGAGCGAGCGUCAACACCUCGGACCAUGCGGGGUGGACCCCACUCCAUGAAGCGAGCAACAGAGGUUGGUAUAAAGUUGCGAGACUGCUGAUAGCUUCCGGAGCGAACGUCAACGCACGCGGUCAACUGAACCAGUUCACCCCGCUCCACGACGCUGCAGUCAAUUCGCACCUACAGAUUGUGAAGCUGCUUCUCCGCUACGGCGCAGACUCCGAAGCUCUGACCGCAGACGGGAAAACGGCUCUCGAACUUUCCACACAUCCGAAAGUCGCCGAAUUCCUCUCACAAUGCCAUUCCUCGGUCAACUUUGAGCACAAAACUUCCCCACCUGGAACCCCUCGCGCACCUCUCUUCGGUGGCUGCCGAAGAGGACUCUUCAGAGCUGACUCUCAAGACAUCGAACCCGACGGUCGGCACGAGAACGUCUUCACUGACACCGGAGCGGUUCUGGACAUGUCCGAGCCGGUAACGUCCGAAACCCCGGAAACGCCAGUCAUGUCGGCUAACCAAGGUGCUCCGAAUGUUAAGGAAAAAUCUGUUUCCAUGUCAGAAGAAAGCGCGACAAAUCGCAGUCCGAGUACUGCUAACAGCGCUGAAGAUACGCAGCCGAAAGCGACGCAGUCAUCUGGGGAGAGCCUCGGGAAUGAAAUCUCAGACACAGAGGCUCAAAAUGUCGCAUCGGACCUCCUAAUGGCGAGUAACUCCGAUGCAGAAGCGAACGCUGCCGAACGAGAGAAUCCGUGUGGCAGCUCGGAUUCGGCGGGAGCUCCCGGUACGAAGGACGAGAAGACAGAGGACUCGGAUACGGCGGAGUCUGAUCAGAAGUCCUUCCAGGGUAAGAAACGACGUCGCAGCGUUGAGAAAGAUGUUUCACCAGCACCGGGCAGCUCGAUCAACGACCGCCAGACCGCUCCCGAAAAAUCGAAGACCGAAGGAAGCAAGGCAAGCGCUCGUUCGCCGAGACCGAAAAAACAGAAGGGCGCACGGAAAGAAGAAAAGACACAGCUUCCAGCCGCGUCGCUCGAGGACUCUUCGAAGGACGACGUACCGGAUCAACUGAAGACGAGCAGCAACGAUAAAAGCAACAGCAGCUGCAGCAGCGACGUCGAGGCUCAGGACAAGGAUGCUGCAGAUGGACUCAAAGUACCCCCUCUGAAAAUUGUCUUACCCCAGUUGUCGGGGGAGAAAGAAGUGACAAGCGAUGUGCCAGCAGUACCGGCUACGAAAGGGAAACAAUUGCCCUACAUCGUCAAUAGCCCGCUCGCAGCAGGUUCGCCCCAGCCUCCUAGCCCAGCUUCGAAUUCCCCUCUUGAGACAAAAGAACAAAGGGAAGAAAGUAAACGUGUGACCCGGAGCAGCCAGAGGGCCCAGCUGCACGAUAACGAUGAUCAGUCCGAGGAAGUCAUGGCCCCGACGACGGGGAAAACCCAUCCUCGCAAGAGGAAAAUGAGGAACACCAGAGGCACUGCCGCUGCGGCCGCCAAUCAGAGGGAUUCGGGUAGAGCAUCAUCGACAGUCGGCAACGAGAAACCCUGUACGGCCACGAACGAUGAAGAGACCCAAGAGUCGCUGCCUCCCCCAGAGCCCACCCCAACCAGAGAUUACUUUGGGGAGCCAUCCACAAUGUUCAACCCCUAUCAAGCGCUGAAGAAUAUCCGCCGCGCGGUCGAUAAACGGCGAAUCGCUCAGAUUGAAACAACCAUCACACCUGAAGCACCUAAGCAUUUCAAGAAAUUCCUUCUGAACAAAUGCACCUAUGCCCUCGAUGGUAGUCCAGCGUCUCGUUUGAGCGUGCCCCGCUUCCCACCCCCGUCAACGCUUCCGGGUGAAUUGAGAGAUCUGUUCCAGCAGCAGGAGGAGGAGAGAUAUCGCCUGCGCCUUCAACAUGUUAUGGAGAAAGACAAAAUUAUUCUGGCUUGCGAGCAAGAGAUUCUCCGGGUGAAUGCUCAAGCAGCCCGAGCUACGGCAGGACAAACAAUACCCCUCUCCGUCACGUGCGUUCUGAGGGACCUCGAAAUUUACAACACGCUGGAUCCCGAGUCGAAUUUGUACAAUCCCCGAACCGGCAUGACAGCAACUAAUCCGCUACUCGAGAACGACAAGAAAGAUUUGAGUCGUUACAAUGGACGCGUAUUCACAUCUUGGCUCCAAGAUGUUGAGGAUAAAUGGGAACGGAAUAAGGAGGCAAUGCUAUUGAGGCACCACAGCGAAACCGAAGCUCUGCGAGCCGUGCAAAAGAUGGACUGGGAGUGGAAUGCCAAGCAACGACUUGAAGAAGCGCCGAAGACUCUACCAGUCGACAGUAAAACCGACGUUCGAGAGGGGCUUUGCGCGCUGGAUAUCAAUAUCUGCGUUCCCAUGGUUGAAGUGAAUGAUGAUUUCGAGCUACUGCCGUCGUGAGAAGUUCUUAUCAAAGGACUCAGCGAUCGCUCGCCCCGAUAUUGUUGCUUCGUGAGAUGCUUAUCAUUCUUUCAUCUCCGGAGUGAACCAGCUGUGCUCAUUAAUUAAAUACCGAUAUUUCCCAACUUCGGGUGACGAGUUCCAUUCCCGGCCGAUCUGACUGAGUUCGGUUCCCCUUUGUAUCAUAAUUAUAUAAUAAUAGUUUGAUGUCCUCGGAGAA